UUAACCACUUCCCGUCUGGCCGUUGUAAAUAUAUGGUGGCAGUGCAGGGGCGGGUGGCUAUUUAUAAAUGGCCUUCCAGCCCCUGCUUGUGCGUGCUCCCUGGGAGCGUGCAGCACCGUGAUCUGAUGCCCGCUGUGUCCUCCGACACCGAUCGUCGUACGGGACCUCUGUGGUCCCAAUCAGUGAUCACUGAUUGCUUUUACAGCCAUAAAGGCUGUAAAAGCAAUCAUUUCUCCUUCUCUCUGGUUGCAUUCUUGCAGCCAUUGAGAACUACUGAGUGAGCUGUGAUUGGUCACGGCUUGUCACAUGGUACAAGGCUGUUGUGAAUAGCCCUGUACCAUGUGACCUCUGUGAUUAGUCACAGAUCUCACACA